AUCACCACCUCCACACAGAGAGAGAGAGAGAGAGAGAGAGAGAGAAAUCGUGAGAGAGUUAAUUGACUGAGAAAUGGCCAAGUUAGGGUAUAUGAUGUUAUUAGUACUAGUGUGCUCUGUUUACACUACUUGUGCGCGUAAUGUCCCUGUAGAUUCAUCAUCAGUAGCUGUUCAUCAUCACAAAGCUACAACCAAGCCAGUUGCAGUAGGUGUGGAUUAUCAAAAGAAUUUUGUCAAAUACGGUGGUAUAGGUGGCUACGCAGGCAUUGGGGGAUUCACUGGUGUUGGUGGUGCUCUAGGGGGUGUUGGUGCAGCUGGUGGAGUAGGUGCUGCUGGGGGUGUUGGUGGUAUCGGUGGAAUUGGUGGUGCAGCAGGCGGGCUUGGUGGACUCGGCGGUUUGGGAGGUGGUAGUGGUCUCGGCGGGGGCAGUGGUCUUGGUGGGGUAGGCGGUUUGGGAGGUGGAAGCGGUCUUGGUGGAAUAGGGGGUUUAGGUGGCGGAAGUGGUCUUGGUGGUUUAGGUGGUGGAAUUGGUCUUGGUGGUUCUGGCGGUGGUGCAGGUGCAGGUGGUGGUGCAGGAUGUGCAGAUGGUAGUGGUGUUCAUCCUCUACCAUAAUUUGGUAUUUUGGCUUAUAACUAGCUAGAAGUAUGUACUAUUAUUGUAUACGUGUGUUCUUGUUUCGUUUCUUUUUUGGAUGUUAUUUCCUUCCUAGAUACUAGCUAU